GCUCUACAGCAUGGCCUGGCAUGGCGCGUUAGAAGUGUGAUUUCGCUGUGUGAGCGUAGGUGCACGGAGAACCAUUGCAAUUUGUCCGUUAAGGAACAACGUUGUUCGUGUGGCAUAGACAGAAUGAAAGCCUACGAAAGUGACCCGCAGUUUUGCACUGUACGACGGAAAGCGUCAACGCGGCUUUGAGGAGCCAGCAUCGCUUGUCACUGUUCUACUGCAAGGCUGAUACUUUGUGUCAGCACUGAAAAACUGGAGUUGCACCUCAACGAAGGAUUGAAGCCGACUUAUCAGCCAUGAGCUAUUGGGAAGACAUGAUUGAGGCUGUCGGGAAGGUCGGCGACCUCGACGAGCUUGCCAAUGGCGAAGACCUCAUCAUCUUGAAGCUGGACGAGCCACUGCCAAGUGGCCGCUCUAUUCCCCAGCCACUGACGGCCGACGCUAGCCGAUCAAUGCUCACGACAUCUCAGGAAGGUUUUACGAGCUGCCGAGGCUUUCUCGCCAAACUGUGCUAUUCCACGGUACUCUUCUCCGGUUUACCUGAGUUGAAGUCGACGAAGGGAUUCCUUGCUGCCGCAAGGGAUGUUGUAUUCAAGGCACAGGAGCUGAUUAUCGUGCACAAUAGGGACCGGAUGGCAGACCUCGUGUUCUGGUUCUCCAAGGUAACCAGACUGAUCCUGUACCACGACCUGAUGCUGCAGACGGAGAGCUCAGAAGUUGUGCAGGAGAUGCCGUAUAUGUCGCACCUCCGCCAAGUCUGGGGCACCACGCCAGCCAUCGGCACCGAGGAGCUCUUCCUCUGUCCCCUGACGCUCCUCGCGCUGCUUACAAAUUGUCCUGCGCUCUCUGAAGUCCAAGCGCCGCUGGAUGAGAUGUUGAGGGUUGCGGAGGAGUUUCGUAUGCGGUCGCCACAUUUCCCACCCCUGUUCCGCGACCGUCGGGAGCUGACACUGGGCUCGUACCUUCGACGGCGAUGCCGCAAUGCCACCAUGAUGCGCAGCACAACCCUGCCUUGCAUCAAGAAGGCGCUCGAACGGUAUCCGAACCUGGAGCAGCUGCAGUUGACGACGACAAACCGGAAGGUCCUCAACUGCAUAUCGGGGUUCUCCCAGCUCAAGCGUCUUUCCAUAAUGUAUGGUGCCCAAAAUGGAUUGUGUCCCUUCAACCCUUACCUCUCCAAUCUGCUGCGAAUGCUGCCACUGACACACCUGACGAUAAAAUUCUUCGAAGGCGUGCUUCUGUCUACCAUUGCACGCACCUGCCCAAACAUUGAAUGCCUCUCUCUGUUGGGCUGCAACAUCGAUGACGAGACAAUCCAACCCGGCUCGUUUGCGAAACUGAGAUCUCUCGCCCUGAGCGACUCCAUCAUGGAUGAAGCGUUCUUCACACUCCUUAACGCUGCCAAGGGCCUCACUGAUCUCUACCUCGACGGCGAGUGGAUCAUCUCGGCGUACAUCGGUGGGCCGCCGAGCCCAGCGCACCAACGGCCAUUCCACCCAGCGAUGGAGCAGCUCACCAUCGUUACAGACUGUUCGGUCCCAGCACUGUCCAUAGUGCCCGAGGAAGUUCGCAGGCUGAUCGAAUCGAUGCCGAGGCUCAGGCGCCUGAGCACGGACAGCUACGACAUCAGAUUGUGCGUGGAGAACUACUACCCGCACGUGACGCUCACGUGGACUUCGUGCACAACCUGCACAGCAGAGUUCCCGAAGAUGAACUUUGCACAGCACGAGAUCUGGCGUGUUCUGCAUGUCGAGGAUGCAUAGGGUGAAUAAACAUAGCUGCAACAACAUCUUUGCACCUUCUUCGUCAAGGACAAGCGAAACAUACUUUCUGUCGACGAGCAACAGCGUCGCGGAAGCACUGCUGAUCAUUCUAGAAACAGCUUCAGGGUUUGUCCAUACAGGAUUUGACCAUAAAGUAAUGAGACUUGGCCUGGUAAAAAAGGAUGCGUUGAUCUAAUCUGUACUUAUCGUUUAAGCUCUUCAAAAUAGUUUCCUUGGGGGUCGACACCUCUUCCAACACGAUUCUCACGCUGCAAAGGCUUCCUAAAAGCUGGUUGCCGUAACCUCUCUCAGAGACCUUGUAACAGCCCAUUAGAUGGCGGGAACACCGUUGAAACGUUAACUUUUUAGGCUUCUCUUGAGCUUUGGGAACAGGAAGACGUCUGCUGUGCUCACAUAAAGGCUCUAUCAGUGCUGCAUCAGCCUUGAUAUGAGCCCAGCAGACAUCUUCCUGAAAGAGGUUAUGACAGCUGACUUUCAGGGAGGCUUUGCAGCAAGGGAAUCACAUUAGAAGUGGUGUAUUGACAUCCAAUGGAACUACUUUGAAGUAUUUCAACAAUAUGCGCUGAUUAGAUCAAUACUUUUUUUUACCAGACCCAGUCCCAUUACUUUACCGACAAACCCUGUAAGCUUCUGGAGCAGAACCAUGUUACGGAUAGCAUACAGCAAACAAGGAGGAUAUCAUGCAAUGCCCCUCUGAAGCUUUCUGACAUGUGAACAGCCUGUGUGUGUCUAAAUGGUCCCUGAUCUGAUAUUCUGAAAUUGUGCAGGUUGUUAGGCGACAACUAGAGCGAAUGAUUCAUACCGUAAUCCAAGCCUAGCACCUUGUAUCACGUAAGCUGCUGGUGAUGGAAGGCUACCAUCUUUCCAUCUCUGCUUUUCCUCUUCAACUUUUCUGAGGGGUGAGGCCAAAGCUUCAUAUUCUGAGAUUGUCUGCCUGCACGCAGAAGGUUGCACAGGCCACGCUUAACGUUUGUCAAGUUGAUCUAUACUCCAGCAGGUGCCACUAAAAAUCUGGUAGCUAUCGAUACUUAAAGGGACACUAAAGAGCAAAAUGAUUUUUCUUGUAUUAGUAAAGUACUCUUUCACGAUGCCGAAAACACCACGCUUGCUGCGAGAAGACGCUUAGCAAGCAAGAAAACGCGCAAAAACAAAAUGUGGAGUUUCCACACCAUUCGCCGUGACGUCACAUGUUUUGACGGCCCCUACUAGGGACUACGUAGUUCCUAAUCGGUAAAAAUGAAGUACAUUGUCCUCUGAGGGGGCCAUAGACUUAACAUACCAAGUUUGGGGUAAUUUUGUUGAGCCAAUGGUGCCAAAAUACGAUAAAUACACUUUGAAAUCCGUGGCGUCACGUGGGGAGAUUUUGGCACAAAAUUUAAAAAUGAAACUCUGAACUUUAUUUUCUCCUCUAUUAAUAACCUAUGAUGGCGAAAUUAACGACACAGCACAAUUUAUCGAUCUAAGCCGAUUCAUUGUUUUUAUUUAGUGUCCCUAAGAGUGAACCUAAGAAGCCAAUUAGAUCAGUUGCAUAAACGAUGUCACAAAACCAUGCCUGAUCCCAAAUUCAUGGGCAGCUGGGACCUCGGUGUGGCGGCAGCACUGCGACAUGUAGUGAUCCACGUGUUUAAAACCCUGUUGUAAAUUACAGGCCUUACACAAAGCAUUUAUAUUGAUCUGUUAAUGAUCUGAAGAACAUGUUAUGGUACAAGCUCAGUGGAUCUGUAAAGAUUCUCAAAACCAUUUCAGAAUACCUUUAAAGGUGGAUAGUCAACAGUAUCAUGGGAACGUUGCUGACCAUUGUGGGAACACCUGCACGAUUGUGCACAGGUUCUUGGUGCAGUACAAAAAUGAUGUCACGGUUCGCUUACGGUAAACUAUAAUGAAUGCCUCUCUGUUCAUUUACAUUGGAACCUUGCCAUAAACUGCUGGAGGUGCACACUGUAAGAUGUAUGUUCAAAGCUCAGACCACGGGUCGCGAAACAGACCAUAUGUUCAUGAUGCUGUUCUAAACAUGCCUGUACUUUGACAUUGCAGGAGUUUUCUUGUUCAGAAUUUCGUGUGGCGUGCCAGUAGAAGUGAUAUUACGUUUCAGUUGCCAACAUAUCACGAUUCUCAGCAAUCCUAAGCUCUCGGCAAGUUUCUCAAAUGAUGGUUACAAGGGUGCAUUUUGUUACUGCUCUGUGCAAAUGAUCACGUUAUUGCUAUUUUACUAAUAUAAUGCAUAUGUUAUGAAUUUGCGGAUAUUCCAAACAGUACUGUCGAGUCAAACUGCAGUUCAAAUCAGCACUUUCUAUGGCUUAUCGCACUUAUUGUUUUGCCCAUCUGACUGAAAUAUUGCUGCAUUGCUUGACAGCAUAAACACAGCCAGGGAAGGAGGUUUGGAAUUUGUACACAUGUAUACAUAUGUGACGGUACAUAUAGAAAAAUCUGAGCCCUCCCAAGGCAAAAUCUUGCCUAGGCUUCUGCUUGACAGCUUAUGCUGUGAUGCCUGAUCUUGGAUGUACUAUCGUGUGAAAUCCCAUCGCGAUAUGUUCGACUGAUGUUUCUGCUGUACUAAUUCUGGCACAACAUUCCUGCAUUACCGUCAA